CCCGCCGAUAGAGGGGGCCAAAAAGUUCACUCCAUGAUUGAAGAGAAAGAAUGUAAAGUGACAGAUCAAUUUACAAUCGGGAUUUAGAAACCGUCACAUCCGAUCCAUAGAGCAAUGAAGUGGACAAGCGCAGCGCUGGCAUUUUGUGGAGCGCUUGCUGUACUGUGCCUAGCCGAGGCUUGCAAUGAAGCAAUUUGUGCAAGCCGGGUCAGCAAGUGCAUGCUGAUCAAAUGUUGCGAGUGCAACAUGUCGGAUAAAAAGAACUGUACGUGUUGCCGAGACUGUCAGGUUUGUUUGGCUGACCUGUAUACAGAGUGCUGUUCAUGUGUGGGCCUCUGUCCUCCACCAGACCCCAACAUGGAUCUGUAUAAGACCAGCUCCAUUGAACGUCUAGGAGACCCCAUUCCAGAUCUGUUCAAUGUCCUCACCGAGAUUGCAGACUUCCAGCAGCGUUGGGUGACUUACACGUACCCCCGUCACCAGCCAGAGGAAUCAUUCUUGAACAAUGGCACCAAGGACUUGAAGUACACCUUCACUAUAGGAGAGGACGAAAAGAAAUUUGCAUCCAAUCCUGAAGAGGAUGAGAACAAGAACUGCACUGUGGCAUUCUUCUCGCAGUGCAUGUCUAUACACAAGUGCAAAGCUUCCUGCAAGUCCAUGGGUGCCGCCAAGUACCGCUGGUUCCAUGAGUAUGGAUGCUGUCAGUGUGUUGGCGACGUUUGUCUCAACUACGGCCUGCCCGAACCCCACUGUCUCAAGUGUCCUCCUCCAGAUGAGAUCGCUGAGUCAGAGAUCACAGUAGAAUAUGCGGAAUCUGGGGUGAAGGUUGGCAUGAAUGAAGAGGUCAAGGUUGCAGUGGAUGGCCUGUGAGGCUACAGCUUAUUACACAAGGUUCAUGUGGUGGUGAGAGACAUGCUUAGUCAGCAUGUUUACGUCCCAGCAAUUUGCAUUAUAUGCAGUACCAGUCAGCUUUGAAAGAAGCUGAUGCCUCAAUUAUAUAGUGUGUAAUGAUAACUGGACCAAGCUUGUACCGGCGGGUAUAAAGGUGGGCACCUAUAUGCACACAAGACAAGCCAGCCAUACUUGUGAUGUAGUAUUCAUGGUAGGGAUUUAUUCAGUGCGUUGACUGUUACGCAGAUGUGAAAUUAGCCACCAUGUUUAAUGUUUUGUAAUAUUGAUGUUUCACAUAUAUUUUGAUGCCAUGGAAAAUAUGAACAAAACUGCUUUAUCCAUAUUUCCUUGAAAUUAUUAUUUCACAGUUACAUCGAUAGACCCCGGCAGAAUUUAGUGCUAUGACUUACAGUAAGGGCACAAUCUCUACUUGAUACAGAAUUACUGUUCAAUUGUACAUUUGUUUUCUGUGAAGUAUGUCACAAUAUGCUUAUGCCGUCCUUUCAUGUUGUAGCCAUGUUGUCAUGGUUCAUGGUUUCUAGCAUCAUAUACCAUAAACAAAUGACAAUUAGAAUGUGGACAUUUGCUAAUGAAUAGUGCUGUUAAUAAUUUUUAAAUAUACUCCCUUAUGAGUGAGUGUGAAAAAUCACCAAGUACAGAUUAAUGUGGAGC